AUGUCUAUUCUCGAACUACUGAAGGAAAUUGACAAGCUAGCUAAGAUUAUAAAUGAAAAAAACAAGGAGCUAGAAACUUUACAAAAGAAUUAUGAUUCGAAACUACAUACUAUCAAUAAAUACAUCGAGUCCAUCAGUCCAUCCACAACAGGCACUGUACCAGAAGAACAACUAAUAAAUGCGAUAUCCAAACCUAUUGAAUGCCCACAUUGUCAUCAAAAGUUAUGGGAUAAUCAAGAGAAAUCUACGUUUUUGUUAAUUCCAAAGCAAAAGAUAGACACAAAGUUUGAUACCACAGUUGCAGUCCGAGAUGAACAGCCUCAACAAUUGACAACCUCAACUACCAGUAAUAAGCAGAAAAAGAAAACAAAUAUAGUUUGCUCAUAUUGUAAAAUGACUGGUCACACUAGAGCCAAGUGUCGUAAAAGAUUGAACACUCCUGUGUAA